AUGGCCCGAGUGACGAUCGGCAACAUCAGCCCAGGAUCCUCCAUGUCCUUCACCGUACGGGCUAUCGGGAAGAACGGAAAGGAGACCAUAGAUUCGCAUUCAGUGUCUGCUACUACCCAGAGCCUGCCCAAUAACCAGGCCGUCACGAACGUCAAAGUCGGCAAAUCAGCAACCUCCACCACCAUCCAAGCCGAUUUCCUUGUCCCAUACGCCUUUAUGCGCGUCUAUCUUACAAACCCAGACACGCACUGCCAAAUGCCAGCCUGGCCAAUCAACUUCAAUGCCGGGAACUUCAUCUGCACUCACUACAUGGUUGAGAAUGAGGUCCUGUACGAGUAUAGCGGUGCCAAGCUAACAGAAGGACAAACCAACUACCCCUGGGCGUGGUCCUCGAAAGGCGCCGCCCCAGUCAAACGCAACGGCUAUACCUUCACGUGGACUCUCCCCGUCGGCACCGACACCACAGACUCUAGCUAUUUCUCCGUCCAGGCUCAGGGCUACGGGCCGCUGACGAAUGUCUUCCACCCGUGCCCGAGCGAAUGGGACGACGGCAAGCCGAGUGCCGGGGCCUUCUGCACCGUGUCGUCGCCAUACGACUGCAAGGGCGAGACGCUCUGCAGUACCACCAACGUCAAGUGGUGCGACAAGGCAGUCAACCAGAUGAACCGCGGCCAAACGGUCUACACGUCCAAUGCAGAGGCGCUCGCUCUGUCCGGGAACUGCUGGGCAAACAACGCGGGGUUCGGAUGUUCGGUGCAAAUCCGAGGCACGGAUCAGAAUGGGAAAAACUGUAAGAUCACCGGUGACGAGAUGUGGCAGGCUUACCAGGAUAUUCGCAAUAUUGGGGGCUGUGGGAAGUGCGGGACCAAGCAUUUUGGGAAUGGAUGUAUGGUCAGCGUCGACUAUUACUAUGGCUGUGAUAAUCGAGAUAAGGGCGUGCAGGUUAUGGCAGCUUUCGCUGAGACUAACCUAACGGACUCUAUGUAG